AUGGAGCUUGAGUCUGGAGCCGAUCCAAGAGCAAAAGGAGAUGAAAAGAGUACUUUUACAUCUUCCACUAUUGAACAUGAGACCAGUCACCAGACACCUACAGGAAUUCCUGUGUCUAGGAAAAUCUGCUAUGCUAUUGGGGGCAUGCCCUACCAAAUGACAUCAAAUGCCAAGGGCUUCUUUAUGCAGAUUUUCUUGUUGGAUGUUGUGCAGAUGAGCCCCUUCUAUGUGUCUUUUAUUCUUUUCCUGGGAAGGGCAUGGGACGCCAUUACAGAUCCAUUAGUGGGAUAUGCAGUCAGUAAGAGUGGCCAGACACGCAUUGGCAAACUCAUCCCCUGGAUUGUGUUCACCACGCCAUUUGGGGUCCUGUCUUAUGUUAUGCUGUGGUUCGUGCCACAGGAAACAAUGUCUUCCAGCGUUAGCUUUAGCUGGUACUUCAUAUGGAGCUGCCUCUUUGACACAUUCAUGAGUUGUUACCAUGUUCCCUAUUCUUCUCUGAACAUGUUCCUUGGAGGAGACCAAAGGGAAAGAGAUUCAGCCACAGGCUACAGAAUGGGAAUGGAGGUCUUUGCUACCUUAGCAGGGGCAGCCAUUCAAGGCCAGAUUGUUGGAGUCUAUCAUGCAAAGAGAGCCCAGUUUUGCAGCUUGCAAAACAGCAGUGAAAUUCCAGGGAAUAUGUCACGUCUUACUGAUUCAUUACAGAAUACGAGAACUGCCUAUGUGAUUGCUGCAGUAGUCUUGGGUGUACUGUACUUCCUGUGUUGUGUUGUGCUCUUCCUUGGUGUGAAAGAACAGCUGGCCCCUCUCAGCACACUGGGCCGAAUCCAUUUACCAUACGUGACAGGAAUGAAGAAAGUGGUGGGUCACAUGCCGUAUGUCCGACUGGUCUUCGGGUUCUUCUUCUCCUCAGUGGCUUUUCAGAUGUCUCAGGGGAAUUUGGCGCUCUUCUGCACUCACGCGGCUGGUCUGGGAUCUUAUUUCCAACACCUUGUCCUUAUCCUCCUGACAUCAGCCACAUUCUCCAUCCCACUGUGGCAGAUGAUGCUGGUAAGACUGGGGAAGAAGACCACCAUAUUCAUUGGUCUGAUGACUGAAAUCCCUGCCUUGGCAAUCAUUAGUGGUGCAAAGAGCAGCCUACCGCUGUUUAUUGUCAUGUCCAUCAUAGCUGGAGCCAGUCUAGCAAGUCUUUUCUUACUUCCAUGGUCGAUGCUCCCGGAUGCUGUCGAUGAUUUUAAGGUAAAGAACCCCAGCUGUAUGGAUCUGGAACCCAUGUUCUACUCCUGCUAUGUCUUCUUUAAUAAGUUCGGAGGAGGUUUGGCUCUUGGGAUCUCCACCCUAUCACUGUCUUUUGCAGGAUACAAACCCGGGGCAUGCCACCAUAACCCAGAGGUGAUUACCACGCUCAAGGUGCUGUUUGCCCCUGUUCCCAUCUGUCUCCUGCUCAUAGGCCUGGUGUUCUUUUAUUUCUAUCCUAUCAAUGAGAAGCGACGGCAAGAGAUAAAGGCAGAAUUGCAAAAAGCAAUGUAA